ACCUCUGGGGACCAAGAGAGGAAAGUGACAACUGACUCUUGGUUCAGGUAAACUCCUGUCCUCCCACAGAAGCCUGUGCAGUGUACAGACCCUGAGUACCUUCCCACUCCCACUGAGUCCAUGUUGAACUUGCUUGAGCUGUGGCUUGCAGUGAAGAGUGUUAGUCUGGGUUGCACAGCUCUGAGCUCACAUUCUCUCUGCCUCCAGAGGCCCCGCUCUCGCUUCCCCUUGGGAGCCACAUUCAUCAUCAACAGUGACUUCUUCGAGCGGUUCUCCUUCUUUGUCACAGCAGGUGUGCUCAUUAUAUAUUGCAUAAAUUUCCUGCGCUGGGAUGUCAGGUUCACUGCUGCCAUAUACCACACAUUUGUGGCUCUGUGUCAUUUGACGCCGAUCCUUGGAGCCAUCAUUGCAGACUCUUGGCUGGGAAAGUUUAAGACCAUUCUCUACCUGUCCAUUGUCUAUAUAAUUGGGCAGGCAGUCUUGACUGUGAGCUCCAUAAAUGACCUGACAGAUCACAACCAGGAUGGCUCUCCCGAUAAUGUAGCAGUGCACACUGCUCUGUCCAUGGUUGGCUUGAUCCUUAUUGCCUUCGGUACUGGUGCGAUCAAACCGUGUGUGUCAGCAUUUGGUGCAGAUCAGUUUGAAGAUGAUCAGGAAAACCAAAGAAGUAAGUUCUUUUCUUACUUCUAUGAGAACACUGUUGUUGCAAGUUUCAUAUCUGCUAUAGUCAUCCCACGGCUCAUGGCUUCAGAGUGUGGCAUUCAUAGCAAACAGCAAUGUUACCCACUUGGUUUUGGCGUUCCUGCUGCCCUCAUGGCUGUUUUCUUGGCUGUGCUACAGGUCACUCCCCAAGUCUUACUGCUGCCCAAGAAACUGGGGGUGCCAUUAGAUGGUCCUUGUCCUUCCUGGUCCUGCCUGGGAGCCCACCUGGCUGCCAGUGCCCUCGCCUUGCCCAUUGUGAAUCCAAUCCUGAUUGUUAUAAUGGUCCCAGUUGCAGAUUCGUUGAUUUAUCCUUUAAUCAGGAAAUGCAAGCUGAAUUUUACGCCCCUGAAGAAGAUGACUGUGGGGAUGUUCCUCGGCUCCAUGGCUUUUGUUGCUGCUGCCCUCGUGCAAGUGCAAAUAGAUAAAACCUAUCAAGUUUCCCCUGCAGCUGGGCAAACUCAAAUUAAAUUAAUAAAUCUGGGUGCUGUUCCUGCAACAGUUCAGUUCCAGCCUCAACUUCAGAGUGUGGAGGUAGCACCUAAUGAAGCGACUGCCUACAUGACAUUUGAGACUUCUAAACUGCAAUCAUUAGACAUAAUUUCUGCAAAUCUAAAUAAAACUGAGCAUUUGGACCUGCAAGAGAAACAACGCUACACUUUGGCAUUUAAACAGCGUCCAACAGACAUCAAUUCUACUAGGGUAGAGGACAAUGUCACAUCAAAACCAGAAAACAGAAAAAGCCUCGUCAGGUUCAUAAACAAUUUGCCUUUAACCGCCAAUGUUUUAAUGGACAACAUCAGAUUUGGAAAACUGGAUCCUCUUUCUGUCAGUAAUUACAGCAUUCUUCCAAAUCCAAGCUGGCCAUAUACCAUUAGCGCUUCAACAGCUCUGACCUAUUGUGUAGUUUCUUCCAAGAUACUUGAAUAUGGAGUUGCCUAUACCAUUUCACUUGAUGAUUGUUUUGCUAGCAUACUUAAUGUUACGUACUUUGAAGAUAUUUUACCAAGUAAAGUCCAUAUGGCUUGGCAGAUCCCUCAGUAUUUUCUUCUUGCAUGUGCAGAAGUACUGUUCUCUGUCACUGGGCUGGAGUUCUCAUACUCACAGGCCCCAUCUAACAUGAAGUCAGUGCUGCAGGCUGGAUGGCUGCUGACUGUGGCUGUUGGUAACAUAAUUGUCCUUAUCGUGGCUGGGGUAUCUGCAAUCCAACAGCAGUGGGCAGAGUAUGUGCUGUUUGCUUCCCUGCUGUUGGUAGUUUGCAUCAUUUUUGCUAUCAUGGCUUCUUUUUAUACCUAUAUUGAUCCAAAUGAGAUUGAAGCCCAGUUCAGCAAGGAAGAAAAGGAAGAAGACAAGAAAGAUGAAGACACCAAUGAAAAGGAAGCUGAAGCUCAUUCUCAACUGUAAAAGCUGUACUCAAGGAGUGUCUGUAAAUCAUGGAAUCAUGGAAAUCCCACUCACUCUCCUGCAGUCAGAGGAACCAGGGUAUCAGUAAUAACACUUUGGAUUACAUGUACAAUGGGAGACAUUAAGCAAAACUAAAGUGCAGCCUCUCUAGGGAAGCAACAGAAAAAUAUUAGUCUCUCUCUUGUACUGAAUGUGGUAUCCUGAAGAAACUCCAGCAGAAGUUGCACUCUUAAUGUACCUCAAUCUUAAUUAUUAUAGCAUUAUAAUCUUGAAAUUUGACUUGGAACUAUUGGACCCUUUGAAAAGAUGUAUUUUUAUACUUUAUUUCAAUUUUAUAUCGUGAAGGAAACAAGACUUGUCAAGGAACAGCAAUUGGAGCCAAGCUCUCUGCAUGAUCUCUCUAGCAUCACUGUUACUUGAAGACAGCAGGUCACACGUGCCUUAAAUUCUUUUGUACUUCCUUGUAGAUAAUGGGAGCAAAGCUCUGGCAGUGAUCAGAUUUAAAAUGUUGUCUGUGUUCCAAGUGGCAGGAACUUGGAUGUGCACUGUAACAUAAUGCUUUAUCUGCCUGUUAACUACCAUUUAACUCCUGUUAUGUCUUUAGUUAAUAUUAGAAGUGCCCACUCAGGUGAAAUGAUAACAGCAAAUGACCUUUGGAACAAGCAAGAGCAAUAAAACUUACAUAAUAACAAAAUAAGGGAAGUGUUUUAAGAACAUGGCUUACAGUUGCAUGGUAACAAAACUCCA